AUGGCCAGCGUCCCGCAGCUGGUGGACGACUUGUGUGAGGUCCUUCUGCCGGCAGUCAAGGCUCCCUCGGGCCCGCGCCGCGGGAGCCGCAGGAAGGCCAAGCGGGGCCUCAAGAGGGUGGCCUACGACGCCCUGUUCACGGGCCUCUUUCAGGAGGAGGGCCGCGGGCUGCAGCCCGGCCUCCCGAGGCUGCCGGUGAAGAACAGGAUCCUCAUGCUGUCCUUCGACCUGCGAGUGGGCGGCCUGGGCGCCGAGGCAGACCGCCUGGAGGAGCUGGUGGAGGGGCUGGAGGCCGCGCCGCGCCAGCCGCUGGCGGAGCUGGGCGCGGUCCUGGAGUUGCUGGUGCGGCUGGCGGGCAGCGGGCCCCCGCGAGUGCGGCGGCGCCGGCGGGGCGUCUUCCUGCACAGCCGGCCGGUCGGGAGAGCCCUUCCCUACGGCGGCUACGACUGCGCCGACUUGAGUGAGUUGGAGGCGGAUGUGCGGUCGAUCAUCUCCGGAGAGGAGUCUCUGUGUCGAGACCUGGUCCGCGAGACGCGGCAGGUGAUGGAGGCGGCACCGGGCACCGGACUGCCCGCAGUCGGGCUCUUCUCGUACGGCGACCCCUGCGGGGGCAGGUUUGAAAGGGACACCCGCGUCUCGCUCUUCGGAGCCCUGGUGCACAGCCGCACGGCCGACUUGGACGUCCGCCUGGACCUGCCCCCGGUGCCCGACAGCGCAGACCUCUCCGGACUGGCCAUCAAGGUCCCUCCGAGCGUGGAUCAGUCGGAAGAUGAAGGGUUCCAGUCAGCAUCCAAUCUGACUCCUGACUCCCAGUCUGAGCCGGGCAUGACGCCAGACAUUGACCUGUGGGACGCUGUGCUCACCUACGAGGCCAGCAAGCGGAGAUGCUGGGAGCAAGUUGGAUGCCCCCCCGGCCACCGAGAGGAGCCCUACCUCACUGAGGCGGGAAGGGACGCCUUUGACAGAUUCUGCCGGCUUCGCCAAGGGGAGCUACAGGUGCUGGGCGGGAGCCUCCUGCAGGCCCCACAGCCCGUCCUGGUGAAGGAGUGUGAGCUGGUAAAGGACGCGCUCAAUGUCCUGAUCGGAGUCGUGUCCGCCACGUUCUCCCUCUGCCAGCCAGCUCAGGCCUUCACGGUGAAGCGGGGUGUCCAUGUCUCAGGAGCAUCCCCCGAGAGCAUCAGCAGCCUCCUCUCCGAGGUGGCGGAGUGCGGGACCCACUACGCGCGCCUCAGCCACUUCUCCCUGCAGCCCGUGCUGGACUCCGCCUGCAGCAAGGGCCUCGUGUUCCAGGCCUUCACCAGCGGCUUGAGGCGGUACCUGCAGUAUUACCGCGCUUGCGUGCUCUCCACCCCGCCCACCCUGAGCCUCCUCACCAUCGGCUUUCUCUUCAAGAAGCUGGGCCGGCAGCUCAGGUACCUGGCUGAGCUCUGCGGUGUCGGCGCCGCGCCCCCCGGCUCUGGCGGAGGAGAGCCCAGGGCUGCCUUCCCCACGGGUGUGAAGCUGCUCUCCUACCUCUACCAGGAGGCCCUGGACAACUGCAGCAACGAGCACUACCCAGUCCUGCUGUCUCUGCUCAAGACCAGCUGCGAGCCCUACACGCGGUUCAUCCACGACUGGGUGUACAGUGGGGUCUUCAGAGAUGUUUACGGCGAGUUCAUGAUCCAGGUGAACCACGAGUACUUGGGCUUCAGAGACAGGUUCUACUGGACGCAUGGCUAUGUGCUUAUUUCCAAAGCGGCAGAGGACUGUGUCCCUGUGUUUCUGAGCCACAUCGCCCACGACGUGUACGUCUGCGGGAAGACCAUCAACCUGCUGAAGCUCUGCUGCCCCCGGCACUACCUCUGCUGCUCCGAUGUCCCGGUCCCGCGCAUCUCCGUGAUCUUCUCCCUCGAGGAGCUGAAGGACGUCGAGAAGGACUGCGCCAUCUACGUGGGCCGCAUGGAGAGGGUGGCGCGGCACAGCUCCGUCAGCAAGGAGGAGAAGGAAUUACGGAUGGAAAUUGCAAAGCAGGAAUUAAUUGUCCAGGCCCGGGAGGCAGCGUCCAGGGUCCUGCAGGCGCUCAGCGAUCGGCAGAUGUCGGAGCGAAUGGCCUCGGAUGCCCGCAAGCGAGAGCAGUUCCAGAGGCUGAAGGAGCAGUUUGUGAAGGACCAGGAGCGACGCCAAGCGGCCAGGCAGGAGGAGCUGGAUGAGGACUUCAGCUAUGCCCGUGAGCUCCGGGAUCGGGAGAGGAGGCUGAGGGCCCUGGAGGAGCAGCUGGAGAGGAAGGCCAGGCAGGCGCUGGUGGAUCAUUACAGCAAGUUGUCUGCAGAGGCGGCUCGUCGGGAGCAGAAGGCACUGUGGAAGGUCCGGAGGCACAGGCUGGCCAGCGCGCGGCUUCGUUUCUUCCUGGAAGAUGAGAAGCGCGUUCAGGGGAUGCUAGAGGCCGUGGCCAAGGGGAGGCCCCUAGAGCAGCUGGCCGUCCUCCCUGGUGCCUGCUCCCAGACAAGUGCCCACUCACGGGCAGGGGACCAGGUCUCCUUUCUGGGCCCUGCGCCCGCUGAUAGAGGCAGCAGUUGUGACCCCAAGUGUGAGGAGCCACGGGAAGCGGCACCGGCCGGCCCUCAUGGGCAGAGCGCACUCAGGCUGCAGCCCCUCGAGUCUCCAGGAGCUGGGGCCCGUGGUGCGGGGCCAGGGGCAGGCCUGCUGUGUAUGCAGGCAGAGGAGCCGGGGCCGUUCUCCGCGGGCCUCAGCCUCAGAGACUUCCUGCCCGUGGCCCAGGGGACCGAGCCUGGGCUCAGCGGCUCGGCCCCUGUCCUGGAAGACGCACUGCAGACCAUUGGCUCCGCCCUGCCUCCCGUGGCUCCGUCCACAGCAGUGGACUUAGCACCUUUUGGGCCACAGGAGUAUGACUUCAGAACCAUCCUGAGGCCCACUGUGGCUGCCCCAGGUUCUGCGGGGGCGCUCAGCCUGGGCAGCAGAGGGCAGCAGCUGCUGGAGGACACUCACGAGCCACUGGACACCUGUGGCCCGGACCCCCCGCAGCACCCCUCCCCCCAGGAGGAGUGCUGUCCGGCCACGGUGCAGGUCCUCGGGGCGGAGCCUGGUGUUCCCAGAGGGGGCUGGGUUUCUGGAGUGACCCCCUCCCGGCCACGGUGGAACAUCCAUGGACACGUGUCUGAUGCCAACAUCCGGGUGGGGGAGAAUGUGUGGGACGUGGUCCCCUCCCGGCCACGGUGGAAUGUCCACGGACACGUGUCUGACGCCAGCAUCCGGGUGGGGGAGAAUGUGUGGGAUGUGGCCCCCUCCCGGCCACGGUGGAAUGUCCACGGACACGUGUCUGACGCCAGCAUCCGGGUGGGGGAGAAUGUGUGGGAUGUGGCACCCUCCCGGCCACGGUGGAGCGUCCAUGGACACGUUUCUCAGUCCAGUGUGACGCUGGGGGUGCUCUCGGGGGAAGCCGAGCCCAAUUUGCCCAGGCCCCCAUUGGGUCACCCAGACUCCGGGCCCCAGUUGGGCCUCAGCUCGGGAGUCCAGGAACACACGCUGCAGCUGCCUGUGGAGACAGCCUCAGGCAGCUCCAGUACACAGGUGGCUGGACCAGACCCUGGUUACAGGGAGGAGGGUGGCCCCCAGGCCUCGCUGUCUGCUGAGGCUGUACCCGCUGCUCUGGGAGAUGGCACCCUGGAAGAGCCAGGCGUGGGGAUGAGUGAGGACUCCAGGGACCUCUCUCUCUGCUCACAGGAGGAUGCAGAUGUCCAGAGCAGCCCUGACCCUGGCGAGGCGGCGGCCCAGCGCUGGGACCGGGAGCAGGCCUACCUGGCGGACCUGGCGGGGCAGUACCGCCUGGAGCAGUACCCGGAUAGCUAUGAGGCCAUGUCGGAGCCUCCCGUCGCCCGCCUCCUGCACCACGGGCUUCCCCGAGCCUUCGCCCUCCCGGAGGACACUGGGGUCCCAUCAGACGCGGACGAGAGCGCUGUGCAGCUGAGCGAGCUGCUGCCGCUGCCUGUGCUCAUGAAGCACUCCGUUACUGCCCCGCUGGCUGCCCACGUUUCCUUGGUGAACAAGGCGGUGGUCGACUACUUCUUCGUGGAGCUGAACCUUGGGGCGCACUUUGAGGCGCUGCGGCACUUCCUGCUGAUGGAGGACGGGGAGUUUGCCCAGUCCCUCAGCGACCUGCUCUUCGAGAAGCUCGGGGCGGGGCAGACGCCCGGGGAGCUUCUCAGCCCCCUGGUGCUCAACUCGGUGCUGAGCAAGGCCCUGCAGUACAGCCUGCAUGGCGACAGCCCGCAUGCUGCCAACCUCUCCUUCGCCCUCAAGUUCCUGCCUGAGACGUUUGCCCCCAACGCCCCAGACGUGCUGAGCUGCCUGGAGCUCAGGUACAAGGUCGACUGGCCCCUCAACAUCGUGGUCACCGAGGGCUGCCUGAGCAGGUACGGUGGCAUCUUUUCCUUUCUGUUGCAACUGAAGCUUAUGAUGUGGACGCUCAAGGACAUCUGCUUCCACCUCAAGCGCACAGCGCGCGUGAGCCAGGCGGCCGGCUCGGUGCAGUUCCGCCAGCUGCAGCUCUUCAAGCACGAGAUGCAGCACUUCGUCAAGGUCACCCAGGGCUAUAUCGCCAACCAGAUCUUGCACGUCAGCUGGUGCGAGUUCCAGGCCAAGCUGGCCUCGGUGGGCGACCUGGAGGAGAUACAGCGCGCCCACGCCGAAUACCUGCACAAGGCAGUCUUCAGGGGCCUGCUGACCGAGAAGGCGGCGCCGGUCAUGAACGUCAUCCACAGCGUCUUCAGCCUGGUCCUCAAGUUCCGCAGCCAGCUCAUCUCCCAGCCCUGGGGCCCGGCUGGCGGCCCGCGGGGCCCCGAGCACCCGAACUUUGCCCUCAUGCAGCAGUCCUACAGCGCCUUCAAGUACUACUCCCGUUUCCUCUUCAAAGUGGUGAGCAAGCUGGUGAACCGCGGCUACCAGCCCCACCUGGAGGACUUCCUGCUGCGCAUCAACUUCAACAACUACUACCAGGACGCCUGA